GGAAGUACAUGACAGGCCAGGGCGCCAAAUUGCUGUUUAGAGCUUGAGGUGCUUAGAGAAAAGGGACCGGUUACUUGAAAUCGUUAAAAUAAUCGACUAAAGUUGCCAAUAACCGGAUCUAACUGACUCUUCAAACAAAAACUCACGAUGGGUUUGCUCGAGCGCUGCCAGGAGCUGUUCAACACCUCCAACCUGUACGAGGUACUGGGUGUAAACAAAGAAGCGAGUGAAGCAGACAUACGAAAGAGCUACUACAAAGUUUCUCUGAAGGUCCAUCCAGACAGGGCACCAGAAGACCCGCGAGCCACUGAAAAGUUUCAGGUAUUGGGGAAGCUCUAUGCGGUGCUGAGUGAUAAGGAGCAGAGGGCAAUCUAUGAUGAGCAGGGGGUGGUGGAUGAAGAGUCGGAUGUUCUCAGUCAGGAUCGCUGCUGGGAGGAGUACUGGAGGCUGCUGUUCCCUAAGAUCACGGUUCAGGAUAUUCUUGAGUUUGAGAAGAAAUACAAGGGCUCUGAUGAAGAGCGUGAGGAUGUCAUCCGGCUCUACAUGCAACAUGAGGGGGACAUGGACGCCAUCACUGCUUCGGUUCUCUGCUGCUCUCAGGAAGACGAGCCCAGGCUGUGCAGCAUCAUCCAGGAAGCUAUCAAGAGCGGGCAAGUGGAGGCCUUCCCUGCUUUCACCAAGGAAAGUAAAGCAAAGAAGAGGGCUCGCAGGAAAAGGGCUGACCAGGAGCAACAAGAAGCAGAGGAAAUGAAGAAAGAGAUGGGCCUUAAUGAUGAGGAUGAGAGUCUUGUCAUGAUGCUAAAGCAAAAGCAGCAGUCCAGAGAGAAGAAUUUUAACAGUUUCCUCUCAGAUCUGGAAGCAAAGUACUCCAAACAAAGCACCAAACCACAAAAAGGAAAAAAAGCCAAAAAGUAAAUGUUAGAAAAAGCUAAAUAAAUUAUGUAUUUUUUUUUUUUUUUUUUGUAGUUCAUAUAAAAUCA